GGCUGGUGCUCUGAAUUUAUCAGGAGAGCUGGUUCUCUCUCUCAUACCUCAGCUUCCAUCACCUCACACUCAGACCACCAUGACUCCCCUUAAUAUUCUCUUUCUCACUCCUCUUUCCUUUCUCUCUCUUUAAGACCUCUGCUUCCAUCUCCUCUCACUCACACCACCAUGAAUCCCCUUAAUCUCCCUCUCAAAAUCCUCUUCCCCAUUUUCUCUCUCCUCUUCCUUUUCCAUUGCACAAACUCCUCUCAAAUUCUCUCCGGCUUCUCUGCAACUCCUCAAAACUCACUUCAAUCUGACUUCCAACCUCUCUUAACUGAUAUUUCAGGGAACUUCUCUCUAGGCUUCCUCAAAAUCCAACAAUUUUCCCUCUUGCUAUGUAUUAUGCACCUUCCUGGUUCGAUCACUGAGCCCAUAUGGUCAGCUAACUCGGACCACUUGGCUCGAUGGAGCUCGACCCACCUCUCCUUUAAUGACACUCUGGUCUUAUCAGACAGUAGAUCCAGUCCCAUAUGGUCCAUUAAUGGCGACGGGGACCGCGUUGUGUUAUUAAGCACCGGAAAUUUACAGCUACUGAGAGAAAGUGGAAAUAAAGAGUCCCCAUUUGUUGUUUGGCAGAGCUUUGAUCACCCAACUGAUACUUUGAUGCAGGGCCAAAACUUCACAGCAUCAAUGAACUUGGUGUCUUCUCUCUCUAUAACUGAUACAUCAAAGGGCAAGUAUUCCAUGAGAUUAAAUGAAGACUUUUUGGGUUUAUAUGCUGAUUUCCAUGGAAACAAAGAGCAACUCUAUUGGUCAAGAAAAGCAACUCAAGAGAAAGCAAGAAUCAAACCAGGUUUAGGCCCAAUUUAUGCUAGGCUUGAGCCAAGAGGAUUUCUUGCUAUGUAUCAGACUGAAACUUCUCUGGUUGAUGUUUUAGCCUUUGAAAGCUUUCAAUUUGAAGCGGGUCUUAGAAAGCUUAGGCUUGAACCAGAUGGAAAUCUCAGAGCUUUUUAUUGGAACAAUUCCAAAUGGGUUAUUGAUUUUGAGGCCAUUACUGAUCCCUGUCAGCUCCCAAGCUUCUGCGGACCUUAUGGCCUCUGCAACAAUGGUGGGUGCUCAUGCUUAAAUAACCAGACCCUUUACACUCCAGAUUGGUGGUGUUACACGGGUCAGAGUGAAGAUCUCUGCAAUGGGUUAAAUGGGUUUAGAGUUUUGAGGAGAGAGAAAGUGGAAUUGCCAUUUAAGCAGUUGAUGGAUCAGGGAACAGUGGGUUCACUGGAAGAAUGUGAGGAUUCAUGUGAGAGAAAUUGCAGUUGUUGGGGUGCUAUGUAUAAUAACAUUUCAAGGGUUUGUUAUAGCGUGAUGUACCCUGUUCAGACAUUGGUGGAGGUGGGGAGUGAAGGGAGGUUUGGCUAUGUGAAAGUGGGUCUAGAGAGAGAAAGAGGAGAGAGAAAUAGGGUUGCAGAGGUGGUUUUGUUGGUUGUGGCUUGUGUUGUUUUGGUGGGGGUAGGGGCUUUUGGGGUGUGGAGUUGGUGGCAUAGGAAGAAGCAGGCUGGGUUUGAUGGCUUGUUGCAAGAGGGAUUGGCUCCUGGUUCUUAUAGGGAUCUCAAAGCGGUGUCCGGUUCUGUGGAGCUGUGCAAUAGGUGAGAGGUAAACUAAGAACCCAAGAUAAAGGCCCAGGAUCUCAGCAUGGACAGACGAUUCCAAGAGAUGCUUAUUCAAAAUUAUCUGAAAAUUUUGCUUGAGAAAAGCAAUUGUAUCCAAGAGAUCAGAGCCAUCCAUUUGAAGACGCAAGAGAUCCGGUACGACCAUGCAUUCAAGAAGGUUUGCUUUUAUUUUGGACACAGGAGUUUACCUUUGUGCUUGACCACUUGGUUGAAGGUCUAUAUCUUUGCAUGGCCUGUUUUUUUUU